CACUGAGCAACAAAGAAUGAGCUUCAAACUCGCCAAGAAUGCUCUCUCACAUACAAAUAUUCAGUCUUGCUUUCCUAAACAAGACCUUAAAGGUCAAACAGUUGCUAUAGUUGGUCUUGGAAAAUCAGGAACAGCUGCUACUAAGCUUGCUCUUGCUAGGGGUGCUUCAGUUUUGGCCAUUGAUCAAAAUGAGAAUUUGAGACCAAUCUUUAAGCAAAAUGUUUGCUUGGAUGAGCAUAAUGAUGAUUUGAAGACAGUGUUUGGUAAUUUUGAUAAUGAGAUUCUGAAAGAGGCAGAUAUAGUAGUUGUUUCUCCUGGAGUUCCGCUGGAAAAGUAUGGACUUUUCUCCAUGUUAUGCUCGGGGAAGCAAGUACUCUCAGAGUUGGAUUUUGCUGCGCAAGUUAUUCCCAGUUGCACUAAGAUCUUAGCUGUGACAGGAACUAAUGGAAAAUCUACUGUUGCCACAUUUGCAGGACAGAUGCUUAACUGUUUGGGUUUCGAGACAUUCGUUGGCGGUAACCUUGGAGUUCCACUUUCAGAAGCUGUUUUUCAGUGCUUAACUUGGUCUCACCAAAGACCUUUACAGGUUGCUGUUGUGGAGGUCAGUAGUUAUCAGUUAGAAAUCCCACCCAAAUACUUCUGUCCUUCAGUUGCUGUGAUCCUUAAUCUUACUCCUGAUCAUCUCGAAAGGCACCAAACUAUGAGGAACUAUGCUGCAACCAAGUGCCGAAUUUUUUCGCACAUGAGAGAUCAGAAAAUUGGUAUCCUUCCUGUUGGAAACCAGUAUCUUGAUGAAGCAAUUAUGGAUCACGCAAAUGGUGUUAAUCUUGCUUGGAUUGGAGCUCGCUCUGGUGUCAGGGUAAAUGUGGAGGCUAAGAUUGCAGACAUAAAUCUUCCUACAAUAGGAUGUGUUUCGCAACUAAAAUUAGGUGAGCUGAAGGCAGUUGGGAAGCACAAUUACUCUAAUGCUGCAGUGGCUGCAUUAUCAGUUAUCGGGUUGGAUAUUGAGAUCAACGCUACAGCUUUAAGCUCAACAAUUUCCAAAUUGGGAACUCUGCCUCAUCGAAUGCAAGUUGUUCAUGUAGACAAUGAUGAAAUAACUUGGGUUGAUGACAGUAAGGCAACAAAUGUUGAAGCAACAUAUUCUGGAUUGCUUGGCUUUGAACAGAAGUCGGUGCUUCUACUUGGUGGUCUUGCAAAGGAGGUGAAGACAAAAGCUUCUAAUGGAUUUGAGCAGCUGGUAGAACCUCUUCAACACCAUCGGGCUGUAAUCACUUUUGGAUUUUCAGGAACGAUGAUUCAGAAGACACUCUGUGCUAAUGGUCUUACAAUUCCAUGUUUGAAUGCUAAAACUCUUAAGAAUGCCGUGAGCUUGGCAAGGAGUAUAGCCCAACAUGGGGAUGCCAUUGUACUAAGUCCUGGUUGUGCUAGCUUUGACGAGUUCAGAAAUUUUGAACACCGAGGAAGGACCUUUCAGGAGCUUGCUAUCUCAUUAGAGUGACCAUCUCGUCUCAAGUUCAUUGGAGAUGGACGAUUCUCGCCUCGUAAUGUUUUUUAACCAGCCAGGGAAUUUUGGCAAUUUAUGUACAUAAUCCUAGAUUCAUUCUUCCUUUUAAAUUCGCUAUUAGGCCUGAAUUCUUUGAGUAUUCGUUAGACCGACCAUGUCGUAUGGGGCGGAGUGUUGGCCAAUCAAGACCUCUCAUGUUCAGCAGUUAAGAGUUGCGGAGAUGUGGAUGUUGAGAUAGAUGUGUGGUACUAGGAGGGAUAUGAUUAGGAAUGAAGAUAUUCGAGAUAAGGUAUGAGUGACCUGUGUUGUGGAUAAGAUGCGGGAAGCUAGACUGAGAUGAUUUGGUCACGUGAAGAGAAGAAGCAUAGAUGCCCUGUGAAGAGGUGUGAGAGGUUGGCUAUGGCGGGUUCAAGGAGAGGGCGUGGUAGGCCGAAGAAAUAUUGGGGAGAGUUGAUGACAUGACAUGACGCAUCUUCAGCUUAUCGAGGACAUAGGAAGCAAUGCUUGAUAGAAACGUUGAUUCAGGUGCAUCUGAUCAUAUUACUUUUGUUAUAAAACAUUUUGAAAAAACUACUUUAUAA